AAAAAAAAAAAAAAAAAAAAAAAAAAAAAAAAAAAGGGAGAGAGAGAUAAAUGUAACGUGAGAAAGUUGAUCUCCAAUAAUAGCUCAGUAUUUAACACCUUGAAUUGGGGCCAAUAUUUUUGGAAUUUAGAAAACUUGAACCCCACUCGAUGGUCCAAAUUGUUCGAUGUGUAGAUGGUGACAAACCCAGCACAUAGUAAAGGAUUGAAGAAGAAGAAGAAAAAUAAAUAAGAUACUGUCAAAAGGUUAAAACCUAAUCUAAAUAAUUCAAUAUCGUUUCAAAGCAGACUGCUUGAAAUGCAAUAAAUGCAAGAUUUUAAUUAAUAUCUUUUGUGAAAAUUCACUUUUCCACAUGGAUAAAUUAACAUUAAUAUCAGGAACUUUGUUCAUGGCAGCUGAUAUAUUUGCCAUAGUAAGUUUGGCUUUGCCAGAUUGGAUAAUUACUGAUGUUGGUGGUGAUACACAAUUGGGACUAAUGUGGACAUGUAUGACUUUGUAUAACAGACCUCAAAUAUGCUUCACUCCUGACCUUCAGCCUGAAUGGUUACUUGCUCUUGUUUGUAUAUUUGUCGGAUGUAUAUGUAUAACAACAACAAUAAUCUUACUUGUUUCUUCUCAUUGGGACAGAAAUGUACUACCAUAUGCAAGGUGGGUUGGUUUUACUGCAAUGGUAUUGUUUUGUUUAGCAGCUGUUAUAUUUCCAAUGGGUUUUCAUGUUGAUGAGAUAGGGGGACAGCCCUAUCAACUUCCUAAUAGCCACCAAGUUGGAAUUUCAUAUAUAAUAUUUGUAUUAGCAUUAUGGGUAACUGUUAUAUCAGAAUUGUUUGCAGGAAAGGUUUGUUUACCUCACUUUUGAAAUGUUUUUUUUUAUUUAGAUUUGUAUAUCUAUGACAGUCUUCUGUGAUAAUAAUUUCAAUUUGUUAAUAUUCUACAAAAUCAUAAUUCAUAGUUUAUAACGUUAUAAAAUAAUCACAGAGUCUAUUCCAAAUUUACUCAGAUUUAGUUUUGGGUUAAGGUGCUUGUAUUGCUGUUUUUACCUUAAGAUAUAAUAAUCGAAGUUCCAUGUGAAUAAUGCUUCAAAUUUAAAAUCUAAUUUGAUUAAUUUUUUGUAUGGAAUAAACUUUAAUUUACAUUUAAAUUAAAAAAAUAAUGCAUCACUGUUGAUAAGUUUGGUAAUAUAAAAGCUCACACUUUACCUGAAUAAAAUAUUAAAAAACAAAACCCUUUGAUAUAUACAUAAAUUAUUAAAAAAAUUUUUAAUGAGCAUACUCAUCAACCAAUUUUUGGUUUUUUUAAUGCAUCAUCAAUGAAAAAAGUUUUCAGGGAAUUGCUUGUAGUAACAAUUCGGGCUAGAAACUAUGACCCUAACAAAAAAGAGUAUGAAAAAAAAGGGUGUGUGCCAAAGAGCCAUGGAGAGUGCUAUGAUGGGCGUAACUCUGAAAGAUAAAAUCUCCAACAAAAUCAUUUGGGAGAGGACAAAAGUAAAAGAUAUCACAAAGCAGAUAGCAAAGUUGAAGUGGCAGUGGGCUGGACAUGUUGCACGCCAGAAUCCGAAUAGAUGGACAUUGAAAAUAACUCAAUGGAGACUACGCAUGAGUAAAAGAAGCAUUGGGAGACCAAUUAAGAGAUGGCGAGAUGACAUCAAGGAGAUCUCAGAAAAUCAGUGGAUGAAGAAAGCACGGGAUAGGAAAACAUGGAAGAGUUUAGAAGAGGCCUAUAUCCAACAUUGGAUGUCAAACGGCUGAAGAGAGAGAGAGAGAGAGAACAAUUCAUUCACGCAACAAUGUUUCAAGAAGUAUUUCUUCUCUUCUUCAGGCUUAUAAAUAUUCAAUCAAAAAUCCUUUGAAGCAUUCAAAUUCAGAGAAGAAAUACUAUUUUUGAAAUAUUCCUAUGGGAAUUAAUUGUUAAUACCAGCAGUUCCUUAUGACUGAAAACAUUAAUAAUAAUACAUUGAACAUGUAGUAAUCACAUUUUGUUGAAUUUCCCAUAAAUAAGUAAUGAAUAUCAUGAAAUGUGUAUUAUUCUUUGCCCAGUUUGGAAGUUGGAUUUAUGAGUUUGGUAAGAAAAAUUAAAAAGCGAAUUUUUAAUUUAAGUAGUAUCUUCUGAAAGAACUUUGUAGUAUUAUGUUCAAUUUAAAUACCCAUUUUCAAAUUGUUGAGUGCAAGUAAUGCAAUGUAUAUCAAAGUAAAUGUAUAAUAUCUCCAUUGCCUGCAAUUUGAACAUAUUCUUAGGAUUUGUUUUGGAAAUUAUCCCCAAUUAGCUGUGAUAAAGAAUUUUUUAUGUAGAAUGAUGUAUUGAAAUAUAAAUUUCCCAUUA